AUGUUGCUGAUUGCUUCGAGCAGCAGCAACGCUUUAGACACCACCACGUAUCCCUCCGUCGGCCUCCACUCCCCUGCACUGGAGAACCCGCAAGAUGCAUCCUCAGCCGUCAAUGUUCGCAGCAAGAUUCUCGGCGAUCCCAAGGUGUCCGUCGCCGUGAAAUUUAUCUCCAACCUGCUCACGCGCACCGCGGCGCGCCUCGCGGCCGGCAACUACGAAAAAGCCGCCCGGGAGCUCUUCGCGCCGCUCGCGCUCGUGCUCCCGCCGGACCAACCGCUACAGUACCUCCCCGAUCCUGUCUCCCAAGCCGUCUUCUUGCAGCAGCGUCAAGAUCUGGUCGGCGCGACGUUCGCCGUCACGCGCCUCGACGUGUACGAGCCGACGCCGAAGCGCUACUUGGACUAUUCCAUCGCGACGCUCGGCUCCAUGUGGACCCUGCAGGGCCCCGCUAAGUUCGUCUUCCUCUGGGACCUCGUGCGCGACGACGGUCUUGCCGCUGCUGGCGGCGCGGGUGAUAACGCGGCCGUUAACUCCGCCGAUGACGCGGCCGAUAACUCGCUCUACAUUUGGGCGGUUAGCUGGAUGGCGUGGAACUACGACUUUCCCGCGCCCAAGAAAUCGCCGCCUCCGCCUCCGCCCCGUCCGACCCCUCCGCACCCCCCAUCCCCCGCGGCGGCGGACGGCAUCCGCGAGGGCCUUCGCGAGGCGCUUCUCCGCGGAGAGACCGGCGGCGCGUCCGUGCUCUUCCCCCGCGCGGCGCGGUCGGACUUGGAGGCGGAAAUGCAGGCGGCAUGGUUCGCGGAGGCGCAGGCGGCGGCGACGGCCGCCGCGAUCGGCGGCGGGCCGAGGCCGAUACGGCCGGACGCGGGGUCAGCGCUGGUCGGCAUUCAAGCGUCCAUCGAAGCGUUCUUUAACGCGCUCGCGUCGGGGGAUCUGCUGGGUGCUAGCCGGCUGUUCGGGCCGCCCGGCGAGCCGACGCUGCUGCUGCCUCCGGGCUCGCGCGCGCUGAUGCUGGCGACUACCCCGCAGAUUCUGCAGCUGCUGGGGGAUUUCGUGGCGAGCGGGUCGACGGUGGCGGUGACAAUAGAGGAGGUGGUGGUGGUGAAGUACAAGGUCGGCAGCUAUCCCAUCAAGGGGCAGAACCCCUAUCACGUCAUCACUCGCGGCUCGUACACGCUUCUUGAUAACACCGCCACCGAGACAGACAGGGGCAAGGUGGUGCAGCUGUGGACGCAGUACCUGCCUCCGUUGCCCCCGCCACCAGCACCGCAGCCAGCACCGGCUGCAGCAGGCAUCACAUGGUACUUCAGCUGGGCUCAAUGGAGCUCUGACGGCCCUCUCACCCCUCCGGCAAUGUUAACUUAG